AGGUAAAAUGUCUUGGUUUGGUUGGGGAAAAUCAUCCGAUAACAGUCAAUCCAGCCAUGUGGAAACGCCGAGCGCCCCCAUGGAUCUCAGUGGUGGUGGUGGGCCAUCAUUCGAUAUUAAUGACACUAUGACUUCACAGCCAGCCUCCACCGCUGAUCAGUCACCAUUCUCUACCCCUGUUUUAGCUCUUGACCAAAUCAAGAGUGCCGGAGUCCCAGUUACUCGACAGAUGACACCCUACUUACAGAUGGAUCCUACUAUGUUCAUUUCGUCACAACCACAAUAUAUCAUGCCUGAUGGCGGUACAGGCACAUCAGGCAAAGGGAAGUUCGAGUUCGCGUUAGGACAUAUUGGAUGGGCUGUUGGAGGAGGCUUUGCUAUCGGUUCAAUAAGGGGUGCUCUAGGAGAGUUGGUCAAUCCAGAAACACGAAAACUGGUGGGAAAGCCAUGGCUGACUCGUAUGGUGAAUGCAACAGUCAAGCACGGAUCAGGAUAUGCUCAACCAGCUGGAGCAGUUGUAUUUAUGUACUCUGCUUUGGAGAUUGCUCUUCGUUCUGUACGAGCUGAGGACGAGCUUAAUGGCCUGGGUGCUGGUGCCCUCACAGGAGCUAUUUAUCGCAGUCCUUACGGCCUCCGAGCUAGUGGGAUAGGCGCGCUAGUCGGACUGGCUCUUUCAGCUGCAUGGACCAUAGCUAAUCCAGACAGCAGGCAACGAAUUCGGGAAAUCUUUGCUUGAGCAGGCACACAUCCACUUACCCAAGCUUUCUCAUUUUUUAGUUUAGGAUAGAACUGUAUUCAUCUUAGAUGACUUCCUUGUUCAUGAUGAUUGUACGUAUAGAGGCGACGUUGCUGUUGUUGUUAUUUUUUGUUCCUGUUAGCUGACUACUGAAAGAGUAAAAUUGACUCGACUUCUUGUUCUCGACAAGAUUAUCCGAGUGAGAACCAAUU